GUAGAGUUCAAUUUGGCGCGAAUGGCUGUGUACAUGAAAACAAAACUGAUGUCGUGACAUUUGCAGUCGCCGUUCACGUCAAACAAUGGAUAUAAGGAAUUUCUUUGGCCCAGUUGGGGUGAAGAAAGGCAAAGACACUGGUAAUGGUGAAAAGAGGAAACAGGCUUCAGAAUCCAACAGAAAAGGCUCAAGAAAAACUUCUGCUGACAGAAGCUCCCGAAAAGACAGUGGAGACUCCAAUAAAAUUGACAGCAAAAACAAGAAAAGGAAAAAAGAGAGCACGACUGAAGAGGAAUUGGAUUCCGAAGAUGUGGUACACAAGAAGGGAAAACCCAGAUCCAAGAAAACUCAACGGAUAGAAUCAGAUUCGGAUGAGGAACUAAUGCCAAAGAAAAACAAGAAGAAGAAGAAGGAAGCUGUUGUCUUCAUUGAUGAUUCUGAUGAAGAAAUUGAGAAACCCAAGAAGAGGUCAUCAUUAGAUGGGUUUGUGAAAGUAACACCACCCAAACCUAAGCAACCAAGCAUGAAAACACCAGAGAAGAAGACACCCAUCAAUGCAUCGGAUUUCUUCGGCAGUAGCUCUGUGCAGAGGAGUGAUCGCAAAACUGUGGCAGCAAAGAGGAAAAAGUCAACUGAGAGAAGAGACUCCAGCGAUGUGGAGAUGCACGAUGACGAUGACUUCUCCAAGACUUUGUCCCAACUUGAUGAGGAAAUGCUGCCCCACAAAGUGAAGAAAGAGUCGCCAGGUAAAGUAAAUGGAGAAGGAGACAGGAGUCUGUCAAGCAAGCUGUCAAAUCGUAUGAAGACCUUGGUGGAAGACACUCCAGAAAAAAACAGUAAAAAAUCUACUGUUAUUGUGCCUGACACACCGAAAAGUGGAAAGACUUCUCCACUCAAGAAGCCAUCACCCAAGAGGUCACCAGUCAGGAGCAACAUGGUCAUCACUCCAAACAAGUCCCCAGUGAAAUCAGAAAGCAGGAAAACAUCUCCCUCGUCAUCUAGUCCCUUGAAGACUUCUCCCAAGUCUACCACCAGCCCCAAGGAAGGGACUCCCAAGCUGGUGAACCGAGCAAGCUACAGGGCAUAUCUCCACCGAGAAGGUCCUACAGCCCUUGGCUCCAAGGACAUCCCAGAGGGAGCUGAUAACUGCCUGGAGGGGCUGACAUUUGUCAUUACCGGGGUGCUGGAGUCGCUGGAACGGGAGGAUGCCAAGAGUCUUGUAGAGAAGUAUGGCGGCAAGGUCACUGGCUCACUAAGCAAGAAAACCAACUACAUCAUAGUUGGGAGGGAUGCUGGAGAAAGCAAACUUAACAAGGCAAAUCAGUUCAAGACACAUCAGCUUGACGAGGAUGGCCUCCUGGAACUGGUUCGUACGAGGCCGGGAAAGAAGUCAAAGUACCUGGUGAAAGCUGAAGAAGAUGCCAAGAAGGAAAAAAUUGAGAAACAAAAAUUGGAAAAAAGAAAAUCAGAAGAAAACAACAAUGUUCCACAUAAAAAAGCAAAACUUUCAGAAGAAACUGGCAAAAAAUCCUCAAAACCAUCACCAUCCAAGUCCAAAUCUGACCAGUCGGGAGAGUCGUUACUGUGGGUGGACAAAUACAAACCAACCAAUAUCAAGCAGGUCAUUGGUCAACAAGGAGACAAGAGCAAUGCCAAGAAGCUUCUCGGUUGGCUGCGGCAGUGGCAUCAUAACAGAGCCAUCGGAACCAAGCCACAAGGUAAAUUCUUUGGGAAGGAUGAUGGAUCUGGUUCGAGGGCAGCUCUUCUCUCUGGGCCACCAGGUGUUGGGAAGACCACAACGGCAACACUUGUAUGUCAGGAACUUGGGUUCUCCUACAUCGAGCUGAACGCAUCAGACACACGGUCAAAGAAAAGCUUGAAGGAAUUCGUGGCAGAGGCACUGAACAACACAACACUGGUGGACUUCAUGGGUCCGUCCAAGGCUGAAACAGGUGGCCACAAGCACUGUAUCAUCAUGGACGAGGUGGACGGCAUGGCCGGCAACCAGGACCGGGGCGGCAUCCAGGAACUGGUGCAGCUGAUCAAACAGACGAAGAUCCCGGUCAUCUGUAUCUGUAAUGACCGCAACCACCAGAAGAUGCGCACGCUGUCCAACUACUGCUUUGACCUCCGCUUCUAUAAGCCCAGGGUGGAGCAGAUUAAGGGAGCUAUGAUGUCUAUGAUCUACAAAGAGGGGUUGAAGAUUGAUCCACCAGCUCUUAACGAGAUCAUCUUGGGGGCCAAUCAGGAUGUCCGACAGGUGAUCCACAACCUGUGUAUGUGGACGGCCACAAACAAGACACUCACCUAUGAACAAGCCAAAGAUGAUGCCAAGAAGGCGGAGAAGGACUACAAGCUGAGUCCAUUUGAUGUGUGUCGGAAGGUGUUUGUGGGUGGAGAGGAGACUGCCAAGAUGACGAUCCACGACAAGUCAGACUUGUUCUUCAACGACUACUCCUUCACACCACUGUUUGUGCAGGAGAACUACACAAGUGUCAUUCCAUACUCUGCCAGAGGCAACACAGCAAGACACCUGUCAGCAUUGGCACGGGCAGCCGAUAGUAUCUGUGAUGGGGAUCUAGCGGACAGAAAGAUCAGAUCUGCUCAAAACUGGAACCUGCUCCCUGCACAGGCCAUCUUCUCCAGUGUGAUCCCCGGGGAGGUGAUGCGGGGCAGCUUCCCCCAGAUGGUGCAGUUCCCCCAGUGGCUGGGCAAGAACUCUAGCCGGAACAAGACUGACCGCAUCAUGCAGGAGCUCCGCACACACAUGAGACUCCAAAUCUCGGGCGACCUGAAGGGUCUGAACAUGGACUACCUGCCUGUGAUCCGACACGUGAUGACCCACCCUCUGGUGCAGCAAGGCGGGGACGGGGUCAGGGAGGUCAUCGACUUCAUGGACAACUACGACAUCAUCAAGGAAGACUUUGACAACAUACUGGAAGUAACAAAGUGGCCAAACAGUUCCGAUCCCCUCAGUAAACUGGAUUCCAAGACCAAGGCAGCUUUCACCAGGACGUACAACAAGGAGUCCCAUGUGACACCCUACGCCACGGGGGUCAUGUCGAAGAAGAAGCGGGGGAGGGCCCCUAUUGAGGAGGACGAUGACCUCAUGGGUGGUGAGGACAGGGCAGCGAUGGCAGUCAGCUCUGAUGAUGAUGACGACCUGGAGGCAGACACCAUGAUCAAGAAAGGGCCGGCCAGCAAGGCAGCAGGGAAGAAGGGAGGAGAUGCAGGAGGGAAGAAGGGAGGAGAUGCAGGAGGGAAGAAGGGGAAGGGGAAGGCUGGCGCUGGGGGGAAGGCUGGCGCCGGGGGGAAGGGAAGAGGCAAGAGCUGA